AUGGGGAAGGAGAAGAAAUCGGAGGAGAAGAGCGACAGCGGGAGUUACAACUACAAGAUGUUCAAAUGCUUCAACCGCAAAUUCAAGAUCAACGAGGUGGAGCCCACCGACGACGUCCGCCAACUGUCGACCCGCUUCGCCUCCGGUGACGGCGGCGAUUCCGGCGUCAUCGGCGCUGAGCAGCUCUGCCGGUUCCUGGAGGAGCACCAGGGAGAGAAAGGAACCACCGCCACCGAGGCUCAGCAUAUUAUCGAUGACGUCAUCAGACGCCGUCACCACGCCACCCGCUUCACCCGCCACGGCCUCGACCUAGAAGAUUUCUUCCAUUUCCUCUUCUUCGACGAUCUCAACCCACCCAUCACGCCUAGCGUGCAUCAAGACAUGACUGCUUCAUUGUCGCAUUAUUACAUAUAUACAGGACACAACUCGUAUCUUACGGGCAAUCAGCUGAGCAGCGAUUGCAGCGAGGUACCAAUCAUUAAGGCCUUGCAACGAGGCGUUAGGGUCAUCGAACUCGAUCUUUGGCCCAACUCCACAGGAACAGACAUCAAUGUUCUUCAUGGGAGAACACUCACUACGCCCGUGCCUCUUAUCAAAUGCCUGAAAUCCAUAAGAGACCACGCCUUUUCCAGUUCGCCUUAUCCGGUUAUAAUCACGUUAGAGGAUCACCUUACAUCAGAUCUUCAGGCAAAGGUUGCAGAGAUGGCUACUCAGACAUUCGGAGAGAUGCUGUAUUACCCUGAAUCGGAUAGCUUAGAAGAAUUCCCUUCUCCGGCUUCACUGCUACAUCGGAUAAUUAUAUCAACCAAACCCCCAAAAGAGUAUCUCGAGUCCAGGAACCCGAUCAUCAAACAGAAGGAGAACGCAUCUCCAUCAUCCGAGGAGGAGAGCGCUGGAACCGAGAGUAUGCAGACACUGGAAACUGUCUUGGAACUAGAAUGUUAUAACAAGCUGAGUGACAGUGAUCAAGACGAAGAUGCCGGUGAAGAUCAGAAGCAGGGCCCUGCAACAGAGUACAAGCGGCUGAUCACGAUUCAUGCUGGGAAACCAAAGGGAGCGGUGAAAGACGAGAUGAAAGUGGUGGUUGAUAAAGUUAGACGUCUCAGUUUAAGCGAGCAGGAGCUCGACAGAACUUGCUCGUCCAAUGGCACGGAUGUCGUAAGAUUUACACAGAGGAAUCUGCUUAGGAUAUACCCGAAAGGGACGCGAUUUAAUUCUUCAAAUUACAAACCACUCGUUGGAUGGACGCAUGGUGCACAGAUGAUUGCAUUUAACAUGCAGGGAUAUGGAAAAUCGCUAUGGCUGAUGCACGGGAUGUUCAGAGCCAAUGGGGGUUGCGGAUAUGUAAAGAAACCCGACUUUCUGAUGGAUCAAGAUCCGAAGGAAGAAGUUUUCGACCCGAAAAAGAAACUCCCCGUAAAGCAGACGCUAAAGGUUAAGGUAUACAUGGGAGAUGGUUGGCGCUUAGACUUCAGCCACACUCACUUUGACACAUACUCUCCUCCCGAUUUCUACACAAAGCUAUACAUAGUCGGUGUUCCUGCAGACAAUGCGAGCAAGAAAACGAGGAUAAUCGAAGAUAACUGGUACCCGAUAUGGGACGAGGAAUUCAGCUUCCCAUUGACAGUACCGGAGCUAGCAUUGCUUAGGAUCGAAGUAAGAGAAUACGACAUGUCGGAAAAGGAUGAUUUCGGAGGGCAGACAUGCUUGCCCGUUGCAGAGCUGAGACAAGGCAUUCGAGCUGUCCCUCUUUACGACAAGAAGGGCGAGAAACUGAAAUCGGUGAGGCUUCUAAUGCGAUUCGUAUUGGAAUGACACACAGUAAUUCGAUAAGAUAACGAAGAGUUUGUAUGAGAGAGUAUCAGAGCUUUUUGGCAGAAUUUGUGAUAGAAACAGUGUAUGUGGUCUUUGGUUUCGGCUCGGUUUGAGUUUUGAUCUGAGGCCUGAAAUUGUAUGGUUAGCUUUCACCAUGUUUAUUUAUUUAUGUAUUUUUAUUUUUUUAAUUUAUUUUGGUUAAACUCUCGAGCUUGUUCUCUCCCCAAAGUUGUAUUUAACCUAUGGCAACAUUCAUUAUGGGAAAUGUGAUUACGCAAGUUUACGA